AUGCCCAUUGCUCAGAUUCCUGGUCAGAACCUGGGCUCACCCUGUGUCUCUCCUGUUGUGCUCGCUUUCAGAUGGGGCAUCCUCUUCUCCCACCCGCGGGACUUCACGCCCGUGUGCACGACGGAGCUGGGCCGGGCCGCAAAGCUGGCCCCUGAGUUCAGCAAGCGCAAUGUGAAGAUGAUCGCCCUCUCUAUCGAUACUGUCAGCGAGCAUCUCGCCUGGUGUAAGGACAUCAACGCCUACAACGGUGACCCGCCCACGGAGACGCUCCCCUUCCCCAUCAUUGCCGAUGCCAAGCGGGAGCUCGCGGUGCAGCUGGGCAUGUUGGACCCCGACGAGCGGGACAAGGAGGGCAUGCCCCUGACGGCGCGGGUGGUGUUUGUGUUUGGCCCAGAUAAGAAGCUGAAACUCUCCAUCCUCUACCCAGCGACCACUGGCCGGAACUUCGACGAGAUCCUGAGAGUGGUGGAUUCCCUGCAGCUGACCGCGAAGAACAAGGUCGCCACCCCGGUGGACUGGAAGCGUGGCGACAGAGUCAUGGUUGUGCCCAGCAUGCCGGAUGACGAGGCCAAAAAGAUGUUUCCUGACGGCGUCUUCACCAAGGAGCUCCCGUCGGGCAAGAAGUACCUCCGCUACACCCCACAGCCGUAGGGCUGGCGCCAGGCUGCGGACCGCGCGGCUUGCGCAGAGCCCGGCGGCGGGGGGGCUGCCUAGGGAGUGAGGGUGGCUCGUUGAUUGGCGUCCCAACCAAUGCUGGUUCUGCUUAAGCCGUGUGAUCCGCAGCCUUGUAUUGUCCGCUUGAAACCAGGCGGACGGCAGCAGCGCGGUGUGAAAUUCCCAGUCAGUCACUUGCCCCUCUUAGCUAGCAACCGGAAAUGUCUCCCUGGUGGGAAUCGCGAGCGUGCGGCAGAGGGGACGGGUUUGCGGUGGUGCUGGCGGCGUGUCCCCCGGGUCUCUCCUCUCUCGCGUUGGGGCGGGGGGAGCGCUUUGUGCCUCGGAAGGAAGCUCCGGUCCUGCAAGGAGAUCGCCUGCGAAUGGUUCCUCGGGAGGGAUGGCCGGACUGAGAACUGGCGAGUGAGCAGCCCGAUCGGAGGGGGGAGCCCGGGCCUGGUCCGAGCUGCCUGCCCUAUCUCUGCCUUUUGCACCUUUCAUCACUGCCAUGUUAAACCCACCAGUGCCACGGCGCUACCAGAGCAUUGCAGAGCAGAUGGAGGUGUGGGGCUUCCUUGCAAACUGUUUCUCCUGGGGGUUGUGCUUAGAUCCUUGUCUGACAUGCUUUUUGGAGGGAGUAAAGCAGCAAUUACCGGA